GCAGCUACCAGUCGCGCCGCCCUUCUCACAGACAGCGGACGGGGGAAGACCCCGGAGCAGAAAACCGUGUGCAUUCACAAGAUACAUAAUUGUUUAUUAUUUCCAGUAAAGUGGGCGGGUAACAUGGUAGGCGGACUAAAUCGGUGUAUGGGAUCCCUUAUCUAACCAUGUCCAAGGCGGAGGAGAUCCAACGUGCCACCGAGGCAACACCGCUUGAAACCGAAUGGGUCAGAAACCGUUCCCAGGAAUAGGCUAAUAAACCAAUGACGUUUCCUCCUUUUUCCUCUUCGAUUGAAUGUUUCCAUAUCUGCCUCUUUCUGCCGUCGGUUGAGCCAGCCUGAAGUUAAGAUUCACAAGCGUAAAUGUAGUCCGUAACUUACCCCCGCCUGGAUCUUGCCUGUUGAACUCGGUGGAACUCUUGACAGUUGAAAAUGGAGAAAUCCUCAAUGGGGUUGACUAAGACUGGCUCUCGGUCGACCGCAUCUCUCCCCCCGGAACCAGUGGACAUCAUCCGCAGCAAGUCAUGUUACCGCCGAGUACGGCUCAACGUUGGGGGUCUUCCACACGAGGUCCUCUGGAGAACGUUGGAUAGAUUACCGCGCACCCGGUUAGGGAAACUACGAGACUGCAACACCCACGACUCGCUCAUGGAGGUAUGUGACGACUACAACUUGGACGAGAACGAGUACUUUUUCGACAGGCACCCGGGGGCGUUCACGUCCAUUCUGAACUUCUACCGGACCGGUAAGCUCCACAUGAUGGAGGAGAUGUGCGCCCUGUCGUUCAGUCAGGAGCUGGACUACUGGGGCAUAGAUGAGAUCUACCUGGAGUCCUGCUGCCAGGCCAGGUACCACCAGAAGAAAGAACAGAUGAAUGAGGAGCUCAAAAGAGAGCAAGACACCUUGAACGACAGAGAGGGAGAAGAGUUCGACAACACAUGUUGUGCCGACAAACGAAAGAAACUCUGGGACCUUUUAGAAAAGCCUAGUUCGUCCGUCGCAGCCAAGAUCCUAGCCAUCAUCUCCAUCCUGUUUAUCGGGUUGUCCACCAUCGCCCUGUCCCUCAACACCCUGCCUGAACUGCAGGACACAGACGAAUUUGGACAUGCCUCAGACAACCCCCAGCUGGCCCACGUAGAGGCCGUCUGCAUCGCCUGGUUUACCAUGGAGUACCUCCUUCGCUUCCUCUCAUCGCCCACCAAAUGGAAGUUCAUCAAAGGUCCCUUGAACGUGAUCGACCUGCUGGCCAUCCUUCCUUACUACGUCACAAUCUUCCUGACCGAGUCCAACAAGAGUGUUCUACAGUUCCAGAACGUCCGGAGGGUGGUUCAGAUCUUCCGGAUCAUGCGUAUCCUUAGGAUUCUGAAGUUGGCGCGUCACUCCACAGGGCUGCAGUCUCUAGGUUUCACACUGAAGAGGAGUUACAAUGAGCUGGGUCUACUCAUCCUCUUCCUGGCCAUGGGCAUCAUGAUCUUCUCCAGCCUCGUCUUCUUCGCAGAGAAGGACGAGGAUGACACAAAAUUCAAAAGCAUCCCGGCCUCCUUCUGGUGGGCUACCAUUACUAUGACAACGGUGGGUUAUGGGGACAUUUACCCUAAGACUCUGCUGGGUAAAAUUGUGGGUGGUCUCUGUUGCAUCGCAGGGGUGCUGGUGAUAGCCUUGCCCAUUCCCAUCAUCGUCAACAACUUCUCUGAGUUCUACAAGGAGCAAAAGCGCCAGGAGAAAGCUGUGAAGCGGCGGGAGGCACUGGAGAGGGCGAAACGCAAUGGGAGCAUCGUUUCCAUGAACAUGAAGGAGGCGUUCGCCCGCAGUGCCGAGCUGAUGGAUGUGGUGGUGGAGAAGAGCGAGAGGCCGCUGACGCAAGACAACCACCUGUCACCCAGCCACUGGAAGUGGACACCUAAGCGGGCCACCACCGCCUCCGAGACCAGCUCGGCCCACUCCUUCAACCCUGUGGAGUCGCAGACGGGUUCCCCCAGCAAGGCCAGGGCCUCCAGUCCUCAGGGGCUCAACCCACAGAAGCUGGAGGAGAUGUAUAACCAAAUGGCCAAGACCCAGUCACAGCCCAACCUCAACGCCAAAGACAAGAGCUCCAGGGCUGGCAGGCAGAGGGAUAGAGAUGAGAUAGAGCUGGGGACCAUCCCUGGGGGUCCAGGGGACCCUAUGCUAGGGGGUCGAGAGGGGGUGGGGGACAUGAAGAGCCUGUCUAGUAUUGACAGCUACAUCAGCUGUGCUGCAGACUUCCAAGAGAAUCCACGUGGUGUCUACGCCCAUAGUCCAGCCUACGGCCUGGCCCUCCUGGCCCAGGAGACCAGCCGCUUCUCCCACAUCAACCCAGUCACGGCCCUCUCUGGGCGGGUCAGCACCAACCCUAGCCUCCAGACCACCCUGGAGCAUGAGCCCUUGCUGGAUCCACUCUCUGCUGUGAAGUCUGCCGGUUCUGGCAACACUCGUAACUUUAACAACCCUUUAAAGGGUGGUGGCCUUUCCUACAAGGUGAACUACCGGAGCAGUGGAAGGGAGUCAGUGCCAGGACCAGGCCCAGGCCUUUCGCCCAGCAGCGGUGGUCCUCUCUCAGACAGUUCCGUACUGUCUGACCGCUCCCUGCUCAGCCCAGAGACGUCCAUCUACACCACGGCCAGCAGCAGGACACCGACCAAGUCCCCUGACAGCUCCACCCUGACCACAGCCCUGACCUCCACACCGGCCGUUUUCACUUUCCACGACUCCUCCAUCAGUAAGUACAUUGACGCCGACACAGACGAAGAUGAGCACCUGCGGGACAUGUCGGAGGCCACCAGCCCCUCGGAGCGCCUGCUGGCCGGCUCCAGUCCCCCUAAACACAGCAAGAACAUCAACAGCGGCUACAACCAGAGAGGCAUCAACCACCUGGCACCAGGCACCACCCAGCGGAUGCUGGGGCAGAACUGCCUAUUCCCUGGCCUGGAUGGGGGGACGCGGGGGAGUGGGGGCCACACGGAGAACCAUGUGGUUCCAGAGCUGCCCCGCAGGUCCAAAGGGGACAGAGGAAGGUCUAGUACCAUGGACAAGAGUCUCUGAGCUACAGAUAUAGGGCAGAGCAGAGAAUAGCACGGCCAGCGUUAAGGGAGCUGGAGCAAGGAAGACGUAUGUCAGGGACAUCCAGAGAAACACAGACAAGGUACUGUGUGGAAGGCAGAGAAAGUGAUAGAGAAAGAGAACGUAAGAGAGUGAAGGAAGGAAAGAGACACACUGUGCAGAAUCCCUUUACAAACUGACAGAAAGGGCCAGGAAGGGAGAGAGAUUCAGGGCAGCGUUUGGGCUGUGGUGUGGUGUUCAAUACUAUGGGAAAAGACUUGCAGGACAGAUAAAGAACACUCUCCCUCUCCCCUCCCCCCCCCUUCCUGUUAGCCACGGUACACAAGGUACCAUAGAACUGGGCAGAAAACUCCCACAAACCCAACUGAGCAGGGGACCCACAGGGAGACGUGGGAGCAGGUCAAAGCAGAGCAUGCUGGGAAGGGACAUGGUCUGUUGGUUGGUUGAGGCUGUGGUGGUCCAUUUCAGUGGCUAUGGGGUAAGAGGCAGGAUGAGGGGUGAGGUGGGAAACAGCAAGCCAGUCAUCCCCUAUAUUCUCCCACAGGUCUAUAUAUAUCAGCUGACCACUGUCCCAUUCCGCCCCAGCCCAGCUCACACUGUAGAAAACUACACUCUUAGAAAAAGGUUUUCCAAAAGGGUUCUUUGGCUGUCCCCAUAAGAGAACCAUUUUUGGCUUCAGAUAAAAACCUUUUUUGUUCCAAGUAGAACUGUUUGGAUUCCAUGUAGAACCAUCUAUAACCAAAAUGGUUAUAUUUUGAAACAGAAGGGUUCUACCUGGAACCAACCUUUUAGGUUCUAGAUAGCACCUUUUUUCUAAGAGUGUAGGGAGGAGUUACGGUAGACGCCAAUAAGCUACUUACUAGUGCCCCCCUAGACCCAAACCUGGCCUUAGUCAUAUGUGUGAGUGUGAGUGUGAGUGUGAGUGUGUGUGUGUGUGUGUGUGUGUGUGUGUGUGUGUGUGUGUGUGUGUGUGUGUGUGUGUGUGUGUGUGUGUGUGUGUGUGUGUGUGUGUGUGUGUGUGUGUGUGUGUGUGUGUGUGUGUGCACGCGUGUGUGUUUGAGUGAGUUGGCGUGUAAGUGUUUAAAAGAUAUCCACACUUUUAGAUUGUCUCACCUGAUUUAUUUUUAUAUAAAUAAAGUAGGUUACCUAUAGAAAUGUGUGAUUUGCUAGUCUGUUGUGUCAUGACCAUAACUGUUUGAGUAAUUCUGUAUGACAUAUUUCUAGACAAGUUACAGUUGCUGGAGGUUUACAAUCCAGACUCAUCUUAGGGAAAACCACAGUCUGUCAAAAAGAGUCUUGUUCUUCUUGGUACCGUUUCUUUAUCACAUAGUAAGAGUAGAGGACCACAUUUGAUCUAACAUUUCUGUCUGUGAAUGUCUUGAUUGUGUGUCGUUUUAUUUUUAUUGCAUUGGGUUUGAGUCAGAGGGGAAUGGUUGAAAGAAACCUAAUCUUUUUGGUAUUAAAGUCAGGAAUCAUAAAUA